AUGGAUCUGAACCAAGACGGUAUCAUCUCUCCAUCUGAAGUUGCAGUCGCAGCGCGAUCCUUUCUCAAUGCUCCUCUGUUUGGGGAGGAAGAUGGCAAGCACUGGCUACAGGCAGUGCUGCCUGGCCGAAACCUCACGGUUCACUGGCUGAAAUCGAAUUUGGACCUCUUCGCCCUUGGCACUUUGGCUGCGCUGCAGCGGCUCCUGGCGACGGCGCCCUGGAAGUUCUCGCGCUUCUCGUGGCAGGCGCCGCUGCAUUCGACGGCGUUGACGACGCUGCGGCAACGCCUGGCGCGGGCGGUGGAGGGGCUGGCGGGUAGCGAUGCGGAGCAAGGGAUGGAGGUGGAGCCGAUGCAGGUGAUACGUUAUGUGGCGGGUGGGCACUACGCUCAACACUCUGACAGCGGCUGGCCUGGGCACCGUGAUGUCUCUGUGCUUCUCUACCUGCGCGCGCCAAAUGGUGGCGGUGAAACCUGUUUGCUGCCAAACUCAUGGAAUUUCACCACCUUGGCGCAUAUCUCCCCAGGUCGCUAUCGCAAGCACUGUGCGAAGAUCUUUGCUGCAGCCGGCGGCAGCUGCAAAGCAAGCUCCUGGCCUGGCGUUCUGACUGGAAGAUGGACGGCUCGUUGGAGGUGCCUGGAGCACACGUGGCGUGCCCUGUGUUGGCAGGAGAGAAGUGGGUCGUCAGCGCGUGGAUCAGCCAACCCUGCCGCCCCGGCCAAGUCUGCGCUCUUGAAAAAAGUGACCCGAGUGGAGUGCGACUCGCCCGGGAAGCUGUUCCCCAGCUUGACGACCUUUCCGAUGAUUCUGACCAUUGUUGGAGUCUUCUGCGUUGCAGAACUUCCGAGGCUCUCGGAGUUCUGGCAGGUGCUGGUCGCGGUGGCAUCCGGGCUGCUGCUGCUUGGAGCGAUCUGCGGAUUUCUUCAGGCCAUGGCUGCAGAGCCGGGGGUCCAGCUGCGACGUUCGCUCUUGCCCGCCCUGACGCUGGCCCGAGACGGUCGUGAAACAGCGUUGAACCUUUGCCGGAUGUAUGCGUCAAUCAGCAGGCCGCCUGGUCGCCCCGUGGAAGUGGAAGAGCGCAAGAAGGCGCAGGCAAACUUUGCUAAAGAGAUGGUGGGGAAAAUCGAGCAGAUGCCAUGCCUCGAGGAGGACGGUGAGCUCGAGGACGACGAGAUGGCCCGAACAGUGGGAAAGGUGGAACAAUUCUGGGAUGAAGUCAUGAACGAUCAACGUUUGCGCCAUCUCAAGCACUGCCCGGCGCACCCGGCGUACCUGGAGGGGUCCAGAAUGGCUGGCGAGGAAUUGGUUGUGGUUGGAAAGUUGACGUCCGUCGUUUCCCGAGGACCUCGCAUUGCAAAAUCUGCGACAACUGUGUGUCCGGCGCCCCCAGGGAAGGGCAACUGA